CCAUCUCCAUUAUUAUGGUUCCCCUUCUUCUACUUCAUCUUCUACAUUUUCAAUCUCUUCAUUAAACAUCCCUAUUUUACUUGCUUGAGAGACGUAAACAGCUAAAGAUCCAGAGAGCUGCAAGUGUUUACCGCCUGAGUAUGGCGGAUUGGGGGCCUGUGGUGAUAGCGGUGCUGCUGUUUGUCUUGUUGUCACCAGGGUUACUUUUUCAGAUACCUUCUAAAGAGAACCUUGUUGGUUUUGCAACUAUGAAGACAAGUGGUAUAUCCAUUUUCAUACACACUUUCAUCUUCUUUGGUAUAAUGGUUCUCUUCACCGUUAUCGUCGGUGUUCAUAUCAACAUAUGACAGAAAAAGAGAAAAUUAAUCACAAGCAGAGACCGGCAAGCAAGGGGAUGAUGGUGAUAAUGGUUAGGAUAAUAAUAAACCUCUGUAAUUCUAAUUAUGUCAAAGUAUAUACAGUUAUUAGCUACAAUUCGUCAGUGUUUUCUGUGUACUUGUGUUUAAUCCUUCAAUCAACAUUUUUCAUCUUAAUUGUGUACUA